AUGAUUAGCGGCGGCUGGGUGUGCGCACUGCACGUGCGGACCGGGGGUCUCGCUGGAGCUGCCCUCGGGUCUGAUGAGGAGGAGAUCGUGUAUCUCGCCUAUGUGCUUAUAGACGUCCAGGCUAAUCAGAUUAUCGGCGAGAGGGAAUAUGCUGUUCGACCGACGAGACGACCUUCGGAAGAGCUGCAGACUGGACAGCCAUUAGAAAAUAUAAUAUUACAGGUAACACCAUUAUAUAAAUAA